AGGAAAAAACUCAUUUCGGAACCAAGUCUACCGUGUUUGUUGUGUUUCACCGGUCACUAUAAACAGACGGACCCGUUCAGUUUGAGGGCGAAUAAGUAGCACAUUUUAAACGUUUUAGCGCUAAAAUAAUCAAUGCAUUGACUUAAACGUGAUGUGGGUCAUUGAACGAUUUUUAUCCUCUGUUAUCCAAAGAGGACAGUCCGGGUUGCUCCGCCGCUCUCUGCGCGGCUCCCUGCCCGAGCUGGAGCUUCGGUACCUCCAGUGCACAUGCUGUUGGAGGAGCCGGAUUCCCGUGGCAGGGUUCGAGACCCUGAACGCGUCGCUGUCCUCGGAGCCCUGCAAGGACGACGGCAGCAGCAGACCUCUGGACGCCUGCUACACCUCAGAGCAACGGGCCGCGAUCCUGCAGCUGCUGAACAACGGCAGCCCGGCGGAGCUGGCCUCCAUCAAACUGCUGCGAGGACGCAAGUCCAUCAACAUUGUGGAGCACAGAAGCAAAAACGGACCCUUUAAAUCCCUGGAGAGCGUGGUAGACGUGCCUCUGCUGAAGCACAAAAGCGCCGUGGUAGUCUUUAACUCCAUCCUGAACCCGGUGAAAAAGGAGAGGAAAGUGAGGAUCCAGCUGGCUAGGUUCAUCAAACCUGAGGUGGACCGGUCCUGGUUGGAGGAGGCCAGUUCUCUUGUCUCAAUAGUCUGUGGGACUAAUAAAAUCGCCUGGGCUCAUGUGGACAGACAGAUGAUGGUGCUGGACUGGCAACAGCAGGAAUGUCCAAACUUCCUAAAGGGAACAUACAUGGCAUCUGCUUAUUUGAACGACGUGUCGGCCGUCGUGUCCCUCCUCCCGCCGGCAAGUUUUUACCUAAUCGAGAAGUCGUCCAUCUCGGUUCAGAACACGGCGCUGUUUCCUGUCAUGGCUCACAUGAGGACAGUGGAAGCCAUGCUUUUUGCCCUGCUGGAGCCCAGAAUCACCCCUCCUGAACCAAACAUCCCCCCCAGGGUCCUCAACAUGAUGAGGACGGCUGUGGGGCGGCACUUUGGGCUGAUGGUGGGCGAGUCCCGGACCAGCGGGGCUCAGAUAGUCCGUCAGAUGAUGACGGAGUCUGUGACGGAGAAGCUCCCCAGGGUAAACUUUCCCCAGGAGCUGCUGGUCAAGUACAGGAACUACUUCCAGAUGGGCAGUCGGAGAGGAGGGGAUGAGCUGUGCGACGCGCUGCUUCAGGCGGUGGCGUUCUACGAGCUUCUCUGUGAAAGUUAGCGAAAGUCCCACCUAUAGCGACACAAACUGCUCCUUUAUGGGCUCUCCUGUAGCGUUUUUUAGGGUUUAAUGUGUCUAAAUGACUUAAUUUCUGUCACUUUACUUGAUGCAGUGACUGUGUCAUUACUCCUGCUGUGAUUAAAAACCCUUUGGGAGGAUUUUGACCUGCUAUGUUGCACAAAUGUCACCAGAAGAAAACUCUGUGUCCAACCAACGAUGAAAAGAAACCCAAAGACGAGGUAACAAUUCACCCGUUUCAUAAGAUGGAACCAGCUCUACACCACAGAGACUGACGCCUUCAUGCCAUUCUUAUGUUUCUUCCUGUACAGGAACUAAAAUAAAAUGCAACAAAAUAGUUUUAUAUUCUUUAAAAAACAAAGAAAAUCGAACACUAGAUUAGUUUAGAAAAUGUAAAUGUAUUAAGAAAGGAGCAGAAAAGGCCCAAAAUGUACUUUUUUGUGUAUGUGGGCACACAACUCUCAUUUCAGGAGAUUUAAAUCUUUUUUUUUUCUUUUCUUUGUUACAUUUUAGGCACAAAUAUUUUUAUGGAUUUCAGAUGCGUUGACUUAACUGUUUCAAACCUGCUGUUCAUAUGCCUGAAUAAAUGAGUUAUUUAA